AUGUCCAGCCAAAGGACUCGACCCGCUCGGUCGAAUAGCUUACAGCGCAUGCUUGAGCUCGAGCGUCGUUACAUGCUCGAACGACUUCAAUCUACGCCCAAUUCCAAUCCUGACGCAAGAAUCGACACCGUCUCUAGACCACCGCCUACCAUAUCACAUCGCCCUGUAAAUCAGGCUUAUCGCAUUGAAACCUCUGCCAAAAAGGAUGCUCGAAAGGGUGCCAACACAACCAGAGAGAAAAUGGCCAUCACUCAAAUAGUUCCGCUCACCAUCAAUAUCAGCUCCACUGAUCUUGGGCUGGAUGCGACAUCCGAGACAAUUACCGACGCGCGAACCAAGACGGUAAUUCUACCUCAAAAUCAACCCGGGAGCAAACCCGUACUCAAAGCUGUAUCUUUUGACGUUCCUCUGAGUAAUGAUGAAGAUGAACGGAGAUCCAUUUGUCAGUCUCCAAGUUGGGAGGCAUACGGCCGGCGCAAAAAGACCGAAAAGAAGGAUAUGAAAAAGGAGCAGAAGAAGGAGCAGUUGAAGAAAGAGCAGCAGAAGAGGGAGGAAGAGAGGAAGGAGCAGGAGAGAAAGGACCAACUGAAAAAGGAGCAGCUGAGAAAGGAGCAAUUGAAGAAGGAGCAGCUGAAGAAAGAGCACCAAAAAAAGGAGCAGUUGGAAAAAGAACAGCGCAAAAAGGAGCAGCAGCAGAAGUCGUCGAAGCGUGAAAAGGAGGAAUCCAUACUCAAAAAUGCUUUGAUUAAGAAGAAGCGCUUGAGCAAGCAACCUCCCGCUUCUUCGCCGCAUGCCCUAGACCAAGCAAAUCGUAUGACGUCUACAGCGGCGGCUUCGAGAGACAAACAAAGACCUUCGAGCGCGCUAGAAUUUACAACUCCCUCCAGAGAUGAUGUGCCUAAUCGCCCUCAUCAUGGACGAUCGGGCUCUUUCACCUCUAUGAUCAGGGCUCCCUUUGAGUCUCGGCGGGCUUCCCUUGAAACAUCGCGCCCCAGCGAAACAGGCUUUAUUGGAGGCAUCAAGCUUGAAAUUCAACGUCAUGCUGCCCAUCAGAAGACCGUGGAAGAACCUGAGAAUAUGGAUGAGUCCAAAAUCCAUCCAGCGCUUCGGACGAACAAUGCGCACAACCAAAAGUGGUCUGCCCCUCCUGCUCGCGCAAUUCUAGAGUCUCAGCGACGGGCUUACCCUCCCAUUACUAGACAUCCAGCGGCAGCGGCCAAGACAAGGUCUCUCAUCUCUUCGGCAGAAAUGGAUGCUUCCGAUGUGGGGACAAUGGACAGAUGGAGAGCCUUUGUUGGUUUGAAGCCCAAGGAGCCCGGGGAGUCAUCAAAGGCCGCCACGGAGCAGCAAGCUUCAAAGCAGCCCGUCAUAACCAACGAGGCAACCAAGUCUGCACCUGCAUUGCCACACUCUCAAACUGACGCGAGGGAUAAGCCGGCCGUCGUUGCCCCUUCUCAGAAAAGCAGAGGCCCUAGCGUCGCUCAGCCAUAUCUCCCAAACAGCGGCAGCAAGGCUUUGGAGCAGAGUUCAAAGCCCAAGCUCACUGUGUCUACAGCCAUUCCCUUGUCAAAUAGUUCUGCUGCUGUUCAGCGGGCACAAGCCAAAGAAAACACAGCCCAACCCAGCCUUGCGUCCUCUAUGGAUGGUAUGAAGAGCGGUGAAAUUACGGACAAUGGACUCACUCAAAACGUAGCCUCUUCGCAGCUGUCUUUGCCACCUGCACCACCUCGUCGAAGUUCAAAGCGGAAUUCACUCCUGAGCUUGAAUUCAGUAUCAUCUGUGUCUUCGCCACACUCGCCAGCACAUCGGCCUAGCAGCUCUGACUCGUCUAACAGCAAUCACGAUCCAACUGCAGCCAAAUCAAAAGCGAUUUCCGAGUCUCAUACAACCGCCACGAAGCUGCACGAACGGGCUCACAACCCUCCCAAUCUAGCAACGGGCGCUAUCGAACAAAAAGGCGUAGACACACAAGGCGGCGGUGCAUCUCUGCGUACGUCUACACCACGAGAGGCCAGUCGAAUUACUAGGGACCACAAGCCAGAUCCAAUAGACAUACCACUAUGGGAUGACAUCGAGUCUUCUGUUUUGCAAGUCAUCGACACAAAGGUAUCGCUGUCUCCGAUCCGCAAAUCUCACAACUCGCUGCGGGAUGAUAGCGACUUCACUGUUCGUCGACUUACAGACGGCCUAACCCCCACGGCCUCAGGAGAUGACUCUUCAUCUGACGAUUUCCACUCAAUAUCGAUGCCUGGUACGCCUGACACCUCCCGACCUCAAUCUGAAAAGGAUGUUGCCCCCAUGAAAGAUGCUGAGAGUAAGCGAUUAGUUACGGAGAGUCGCAUGAGAAAUAGCUCUCAAAGCCCAGCUAGACAACCGCUUCUUCUUCAGCCAGGGGCUGGCUCGAGCCAGAACAGUUUGGGGUUGAAGAAUCCACGACCUGUGGCCAAAUCGACCACUACUGUUGUCAAUGGACAAGCCAUUCACCACCGGGUUCAAUUGGAGGCGGAUGGAAUACCUGGAGCCGACUUCUUACCGAAGCUGAAGCAUCAGCCUCUGCCUCUGAAGCUGGUGGAACAUGUAGCAAUACCAAAGCAACAGCUUCAGUCUACGGUGCUAGUCCCUGGACCAGCCUCAUACCUUGAAGAGGCUCGAAAAGCAACCCCCUUAGCCCCGCCUCCUCCACUGCUAGGAUCGCCUCGCCUUGGUCCAAAAGUCACACCGCCAUCCUCCAUUCGGAGCCAGCCUUCAUCCACAUCUGACCUAGCACUGGCAAAGGCGCCACGGCACGUACCUGGGUCACCUGUUGUUGGAGGUGAACCAAUUGCCAAGAUGUUUGUCGAGUGCUGCGGGUGCAAAUUCUUUCACGAUAUGCCCAGCAAUCUCUACGAAGCCAUGGCUAAUCCAGAGGCCAUCAUUCGGCCAAGAGGCAAUGUUGGCUUCGCUGGCGCAGUAUCUAUGACUGUAAAGUGCCCGUGGUGCUCCCACGAGAUGAGCACCAAAUGCUGUGCUGGCUAUGCUGCCAUGGUCUAUGUGAAGGAGAGGCUGCACUGA